ACUUUUGAUCAAUAUGGUUAUAUGUAUGUGUUAGAUUUUGGAAAUUCGCGAGUCCAAAAAUGGUUAAUAGGAAUGACAUAUGGUGUAACAAUUAUAUCGGGAUCGAUGACAAAUCCAUAUGCAAUGCGUUGGGAUUUUUCAAAUAAUCUAUUGGUUGCUGACACUUCAUCACAUCGGAUUAUAUCAUUUAAUGUUGCAUGUCCUCCAACAACAACCACAACUUUAGCACCUCCAAGUAUGUUGACAUUUCUCGAAAUAUAA